GCCGCUCGGCGGCGCCCGGGACAGUCGGGAACCGCGCCCGCACCCGCCGGCCGCGCGGCCGGACCCGGGGGCGAUGGAGCUGGAGCCCGAGCUGCUGCUGCAAGAGGCCCGUGAGAACGUGGAGGCGGCGCAGAGCUACCGGCGGGAGCUGGGCCAGAGGCUGCAGGGGCUGCGGGAGGCGCGGAGGCAGAUCAGAGAGAGUGCAUCCCAGACAAGAGAUGUCCUCAAACAGCAUUUUAAUGAUUUAAAGGGAACCCUUGGGAAGCUCCUGGAUGAGCGAUUGGUGACCCUUUUGCAAGAGGUGGACACCAUUGAACAGGAGACCAUUAAACCACUAGAUGACUGCCAGAAGCUGAUUGAGCACGGCGUCAACACUGCAGAAGACUUAGUCCAAGAAGGUGAGAUCGCCAUUCUGGGGGGUGUAGGAAAGGAGAAUGAAAAACUGUGGAGCUUUGCCAAGAAGGCCUCACACAUCCAGCUGGACAGCUUACCAGAAGUGCCUUUGCUGGUUGAUGUGCCUUGUUUAUCUGCUCAGUUGGAUGACUCAAUUCUUAACAUAGUGAAGGACCACAUUUUCAAGCAUGGAACGGUAGCAUCUCGCCCACCGGUGCAGAUAGAAGAAUUGAUAGAGAAACCUGGAGGCAUCAUCGUACGAUGGUGUAAGGUAGAUGACGACUUUACAGCCCAAGAUUACAGGCUCCAGUUCCGUAAAUGUACUUCAAGUCAUUUUGAGGACGUGUAUGUGGGCUCCGAAACUGAGUUCAUAGUGUUGCACAUAGACCCCAACGUGGAUUACCAGUUCAGAGUCUGCGCCCGAGGAGACGGCCGGCAGGAGUGGAGUCCUUGGAGCGUCCCCCAGACAGGUCACUCCACGCUGGUGCCUCACGAGUGGACAGCUGGCUUUGAGGGGUACAGUCUGAGCAGUCGGAGAAAUAUAGCGCUCCGGAAUGACUCCGAAUCCUCCGGUGUUCUCUACUCCAGCGCCCCAACGUACUUCUGUGGGCAGACGUUAACAUUCAGAGUUGAAACUGUGGGACAACCAGACAGAAGAGACAGUAUAGGCGUGUGUGCAGAAAAACAGAAUGGAUAUGACUCUCUGCAGCGGGAUCAAGCUGUGUGCAUUAGUACAAACGGUGCAGUUUUUGUAAAUGGAAAAGAAAUGACUAAUCAGUUGCCCGCAGUUACUUCUGGGUCCACUGUCACAUUUGACAUUGAAGCUGUGACUCUAGGAUCCACCAAUAAUAACGAAGGCGGAAACUUCAAGCUUCGAGUAACGAUUAGCUCGAAUAACAGAGAAGUGGUGUUUGAUUGGUCGCUCGAUCAGUCUUGUGGUUCCCUUUACUUUGGAUGCUCGUUUUUCUAUCCUGGGUGGAAGGUGCUGGUGUUCUAGCUUCCCGGAUGACUGGCUUUGGGGUGCAGGGGUGUCAUGUAGCUGUUCUCAGCCCAGUUUAAUUGUUGCUGAUUUAAAAAAUGGUUAGAUUCAUCUCUCAGUUAAGCCAUUGGAGACAGAAAUUGUUUACUGGAUUUAUUUUGGAAUAUUUUCACAAUAAGAGGCUUGAAUAUUGUGGACAAACCAUAACGCAGUCCAUUUUAUGUUUCAGCAUAGUGUUACUCAGACUAUCACAUCGUAAAGAUCAAAUUGACUCUUAAAGGAGAUACAGACAGAAAGCCCUACGCCUUCCACUGUACUUCUUUUUAAAGUUGGUUAUAAGAACAGAAAAAUGUGACAUAACAUUAUUUUAUUAAAUCUCCAUCUUUUAAAGGUCCAGUGCCAAGUAAGACUGUAGAAUAAAACAGCCAGACUAGAGCCGGCAGAACGUGGCUGCCAUGUACGUUGUAAUAUGCACUCACUGGUGUGUUCUCCACAUGAGUGUCGAAUCUUCUGUCCGUAUUCAGGGAUUUGUAAGCAGUAUUGAAUUUUAUCUCAUGUUCAGGAAUCUUUAAGUCCCAAAAGCAUGAUCAUUUUUGCAUUUUUAAAAACAACUGAGCAAGUGUCUACAAGAGGCAAAGUACUUUGUUUUGUUCUUUCCUUGCAGUUUGAUGACAGGCUAGAGGACUGGCAGAGGGGAAGACUGCUCGUGGAAGUAGGAUGCACAGCAGCGUUAGCCACGUCCCAGGUGCACAUCCAGCCUCGGUGACGUGUGUGUUGCUCCCCAGGGGCUCUCAGCUGCAGUCCCAUUUUCCUGUCAGUUUCAUAAAUGGUCUUUCAGUGGAGCAAACAAAUACAGGGUAAAUACUUGACCUAUGUUUUAGAAGACUUAAAUUGGUUUAAAAUAUUUAUUUGAAGAACUUACUUAGUAUGUGAAAAUGAUUAUCUUAACUUGCUAUAUUACCAGCCUAAGAUCUUUUUCUUGAAUGUGAAUUUUUUUUUUCUUUUUUAACAUAGAAUAGUGGAAAAGCAAGUUUGAUAUUUUUGUAAGAUAAUUUAUUUGGGAAUCCAGAUUCCCUGUUAGACAAUCAUGACUUUUUUCCUUGCCUUUUUAUAUAUAUAGUAAGUGAGCUCUUUUUCACUUGUUUAGUGAUUGUUAAGAAGAUGUGCUAGAAUGUAGCUGCCUCAUCCAGCUGUCUGAAACAAAAUAAAAACCUUAAAGUUG